AUGAGCGCCGCCGACCUUUUAGAAAACGAGGCCUUGUUGGAUGACGAGGAAAAUGACGAAGACUACGAUGCUGAGACAGGCGAAGUAGCUGGACGUCAAGAGGGCCAAAAUGGUGGCUAUGACGACUCUAGCGAUGAGGAAGAGGAUGAGGACGAGGACGCGGCGCGUGCUGUUCGCGAGGGCUUUAUCGUUGACGAAGAUGAAGAGGAAGAGGACCGAUCUGGAAGGCGACGAGAAAAGAAAAAGCGACGCCGCGAAGAACGCACUCUUGACGAUGAAGACCUCGAUGAGGAGGACAUAUACCUGAUCGGGGAGAAUAACCCAGACUUUGAAGCACCUGUUUCUCAAGAGUCAAAAUUCAAGCGAUUAAAGCGUGGCCAUAAAGGCGACCGGGAACGGGGUGUCUCCCGGGGAAUCAACGAUAUAUUCAAUUCUGACGAGGAAGAAGAAGAGGUUGACCGGUAUCGUGCAGGUGCUCGGGAUCGAAGGGGGCUUCAAGAUGAUCUAGAUGACUUCAUUGAAGAGGACGUCUUUUCAGAUGAAGAGCACGAACGUAUGCGGGAUGAUGAAGAAAUUGCCCGCCCGGCUAGAAAAGGAAUAUCUGGACUUGGUGUCACCGAAGCCACUGGCUUGGAUGAAGCUGCUCUCGAUGACAUGCGCGCCGCAUUUGGAGACGGAACCGAUUAUAUGUUCGCCCUUGAGAUGGAAGGAGAAGAGGAAGAGGAGGAUCGUAGAGACGAAGAAAAGCCGCUUGAUUUGAAAGAUGUUUUUGAGCCAUCUCAACUCGCUGAAAAGAUGAUGACAGAGGAAGAUAACUUGAUUCGCUUUACUGAUGAGCCAGAACGUUAUCAAAUCGCAAGGAAGCCCUACAAGCAUGUUAUUCUCUCCGAGGAUCAAUUUAAGGAAGAGGCUCUCUGGAUCUCUAAUAUUAUGCUGUUGAAAAAACGGUUGGACAAAGAGUUAAAAGAGCCGUUUCAAAAAGCGGUCAUCAAGGUGCUCGAGUUCAUGGUCACCGAUGAUUGGGAAGUGCCGUUCAUUUUUCAACAUCGAAAGGACUAUCUUAUCCAUACAGCGAAAGUGCCGGUGUCGCCCGGAGAAUCAAACGCUGACGGUCAAGACUACGUUAUCCGGGCCGAAAAGUUGUUAAAUAUGACCGACUUGUGGGAUAUUUUCGAGUAUGACCUCAAGUUUCGGGCCCUUGUUGACAAAAGAAAUAUCCUUCAGCGAACGUAUGACAAUCUUCGAACUAUUUCAAAUGUACAAGAUGAAGUGUUUGAACAGAUGUUACCAGCCGCAAUCACCAUGGAGGAGCUACAGGAUAUUCAGGACUACCUCUACUUUGAAUAUUCAUCCCAGCUUAAAGAUGUCUCGUUGGUCAACGGAAAUGGAGAAAACGGGACGAUCAGCCAUCGUCGAAAAGCAGCUACCAAGACAUUUUUUGAAAGAAUUCGCAACAGCAAAGCAUAUGGCCUCGUUCGUGCAUUCGGAAUUACGCCUGACGGAUUUGCCCAGAAUGCCAUGAAAGAAGCAAAGAGACAUCAUACCGACGACCCGACUGAACUCCCGGAAGAUAUGGCUGAUGGUCAUAUCGACACCAACUUUGCCAAUGGUUCUCACGCCCUCAAAGCGGCCAAGGCAAUGUUUGCCGAGGAGCUGACGAUGAGCCCAAAAGUACGGAAGGAGUUGAGACAAGCCUUUUAUAUGAAUGGUGUUAUCGACUGCUUCAGAACCGAGAAGGGACUCAAAAAGAUCGACGAACACCACCCGUAUUAUGAGUUUAAGUACCUAAGGAAUCAGCAGCUCCCUGACAUUGCACGACGCCCUGAACUAUUUUUACGAAUGCUAAAUGCCGAAGAAGAAGGUUUAGUUGAGGUUAAAGUCCGAUUUCAGAAUUUCGAUAGCUAUAAAAAACGGCUCUAUCGUGACAUUCAAUCCGACAAUUUUAGUGAAGUGGCCGAUGCCUGGAAUAAAGCGAGAAAAGAAGUCCUUGACAUGGCGCUCGGCAAAUUAGAAAGGAUAAUGACUCGUGGUGUCAAGGAGAAUAUCAAGACAGAGUGCGAGAACCAUGUUGGCAAAGAGUGCCGCGAAGCUUUCUCCUUGCGACUCGACCAAGCUCCAUACAAACCCAAAGGCAUGAUGCUUGGAACUAUUCCUCGUGUGCUCGCUUUAUCGACCGGCAAUGGCACAAUCGGCAAAGAUCCAAUUUACUGGGCUUGGGUAGAGGAGGAUGGUCGUGUUUUGGAGAAUGGCAAGUUUGCCGAUCUUGCUCUUGGCGAUCCAGACAGAAUGAUCGCUGAUGGCAGAGAUGUCGAGCCUUUUAUUGAGCUUGUUGAACGGCGCAGACCUGAUGUGAUUGGCGUUUCGGGGAUGUCGCCUGAAACUCGCAAGCUUUGCAGGCAGCUAACGGAGCUCAUUGACGCAAAGAAUUUGCGCAGCUCUCCAUAUACUAAUGACAACGACGAGGAAGUGAGCGAUCUUCUCGAUGUAGUCAUUGUUAACGACGAAGUUGCAAGGUUAUAUCACACCAGCGAGAAGGCCAGGUCGGAACAUCCAGGCCUUGCUCACCUCAGUAUUUAUUGUGUUGCCCUCGCCAAAUAUCUCCAAAAUCCGAUGAAAGAAUACGCCUCGCUUGGCCGAGAUAUAGUAUCGAUUCAAUUCAAACCUGGCCAACAGCUCAUCUCUCAAGAGAAACUCCUAAAACAGCUUGAGAGCGCUUUAGUUGACAUGGUUAACCUGUGCGGCGUGGACAUAAAUGAAGCUGUUCAUGACCAGUGUACAGCCAAUCUUCUCACCUACGUAUGCGGUCUUGGCCCCCGAAAAGCCUCACAGCUACUAAAAAUUAUUAACAUGAAUGGCGGUGUGGUAAACAACAGAAUGGAGCUUCUCGGUGUUAAUGCUCAAUACCCUGCUAUGGGCGUAAAAGUGUGGAACAAUUGUGCUAGUUUCCUUUAUAUUGACUAUGACACUGCUGAUCCUGAUACUGAUUAUUUGGAUAAUACCCGUGUACAUCCAGAAGAUUAUGAUAUUGGUCGGAAGAUGGCUGCCGAUGCACUUGAACUUGAUGAAGAAGACAUCAAGGCUGAAACUGACGAGAACGGCCCUGGAGCUAUUGUAAGAAAGCUCGUCAAGGAAGACGCUCAAGAGAAAGUCAACGAUCUUAUUCUUGAAGAGUAUGCCGAACAACUAGAGAAAAAUCUCAACCAGAGAAAACGUGCCACUCUUGAGACUAUUCGUGCCGAACUACAACAGCCAUACGAAGAACUGCGAAAACAAUUUGUCUUCCUUAGCACAGACGCAAUAUUCACUAUGCUUACUGGCGAGACUCCUGACACUUUGACUGAAGGCAUGGUCAUACCAAUAACUAUUAAAAGGAUCACAGAUGACCAUAUCGAUGGCAAACUUGACUGUGGUGUCGACGUUCUCGUUCCUGAGGUGGAACUAACAGACCGCUAUGACAUUCCAAUUCGAACUCUGUACUCUAUCCACCAAACGGUUCCGGCAAAAAUACUAUACUUGAACCGUAAGAACUUCGUCGCCAAUGCUUCUCUUCGCGAAGACCAGGUAAAUCGACCUUACCGGAGAGACUUUGAUCGCCUCCCUGAGGAAUGGGAUGAUAGACAGGAACAGCGUGAUCAAGACACGAUGAAAGAGGAAACGAAGAGCAACAGCCGUGCCCUACGGGUCAUCAAACACCCUCUUUUUAGGCCAUUCAAUGGUCCUCAAGCUGAAGAAUUUCUUGCUUCGCAAAGUCGCGGUGACACCGUCAUCAGACCUUCCUCGAAAGGCCCUGAUCAUCUGGCGGUUACAUGGAAGGUGUCAGACGGCGUAUACCAGCAUAUUGAUGUUCUGGAGCUUGAUAAGGACAAUGAAUUUUCCGUUGGCAGGAUUCUCAGUAUUGGUGGAAAGUAUUCAUACAGCGAUCUUGACGAGUUGAUUGUAAAUCAUGUCAAGGCCAUGGCUAGAAAGGUCGAUGACAUGGUAUUACAUGAGAAGUACCAAACUGGCUCGAAAGACGCUACUGAACGCUGGUUAACCACCUACACCACCGCAAAUCCUACCCGGUCCACCUACGCCUUCUGCAUCGACUCCAAACACCCAGGCUACUUUCACCUCUGCUUCAAAGCGGGACAAAACGCAUCAAUGAACAGUUGGCCGGUGAAGGUGAUACCCCAGGGAUACGAACUUCAACGGAACCCAUAUCCCGACAUGACGGCAUUAUGCAAUGGAUUCAAGAUGAUGUAUACUAAUAUGCUGACUGGAAAGAAGGCUCGAAGAUGA